AGCAUGCGCAGUCCUGAACGUGAAAUGAAGCCGGCUAGAGGUUUUAUCUCUUUUCUCCGAAUGGGAAUGACUCUUAUAGAGCUUACUCUGUAAGCCUAGACUUGAUUCAAGAAGCCGAGCAAUUGGAUUGUUCGACGCUGCCCUAGCAACCACAGAGAGCUCAGUGGCGGGCUCGCUUUUCUCUAGACACAUGCUCCGUUGGCUGAAGGCGAACUCAUCUGUAAGAAUACUCAAUGCUUUAUCGGAAUUCUUGCUGUAUCUACACGUCAGGUCUCUUAGAACUCGCGCUGCUCUUGGCCAAGGCAGAACUGAGCGCAUUUUCAGCAUUCUCGAGACCUUUUCGCUGAGCCAGCAAGGAGAGGGUAUCCCGAACGUGACCGGCACGGCAUAUACGCACUUCAUGGGCAUCAGACCGAUGACAAGGCGAAAGACAUUGUGUACAUUGGACAGAGCAGUUCAAUGAGGUCGGACUCGACCGGUUCUCGGGGGCCACCCUCAGGGAGAUUAUAGCUGGCCUUCUGAUAUUGACCGUUACGAUGCAUUAGCUUCUACGACUGUGGAAGCCCCUUUCGCAGCAUCUGGUAUGGUUAGAAAUCCCCAGGAGACUUUGACCGUUCACUCCAGUCUCUGUGGACAGAGUCAGCUGGCGCAGCACCGCCCUUGGACUUUUCGAAUUCUAUCCAGUAUAAUGAGGAAGCUUCACCAGAAUGUAUUCGACGUGGACUCGAAGACUGUAUCGACAGAACCCGGAUAUUAAAGGGAAGAAAGAAGGGUUCAAGACAGAUCAAAGCGACGGCCUGGACUCUACCAAGGCAGGAAGGAGAUUGCUGACAGUGUCAACCACGUCAAUGGUUAUGUAGAAUUCAAGCCAGUUAUUGCAGUGUCUAUUCCUUUCUACCCACAAUAUAGCAAGUGGACUUGGGUGCG